CAAAGACAACCAGGCGCUGUGGGUGCGUCAUCAAACAGUGACCGGUGGGGAAGGAGCGGGCAGAAAUCUGUGAAGGAAGUGACGUCAAACGAGCGCCACGGAGAAUGCGUGAGGUGAAGCAGUGAAGGCCAUGGGCCCUCGGCGCCUCCUGUUGGUUGGGGAGGGGAAUUUCUCCUUCGCCGCCGCUCUAAGCGAGACCCUGGAUUCUAGCGUUUGUCUCACUGCCACCUGCCUUCAGCACCCGGCGGAGUUGGCCCGGGAUCCGGUGGCCCGGGAGAAUCUGCAGCGCUUGCGCGAGCGAGGUACCGAGAUACGUUUCUGUGUAGACUGCACCCAAUUGGCAAAUGCUUUUGAACCACAAGACAGAGAGUUUGAUCGAAUUUAUUUUAACUUUCCGCACUGUGGACGCAAAGCUGGAGUAGCUAAGAACAGGAAGCUACUUGCCAAGUUUUUCCAGAGCUGUGUAGAUGUUCUUGCAGAGGAAGGAGAAGUGCAUGUGGCAUUGUGUAGAGGACAAGGUGGAACUUCUGCUGAUAAGCCCCAGAGAGAAUGGCACAACAGUUGGCAAGUGGUUGCCAUGGCUGCUCUUGGGGGCCUCAUUUUAAGUGAUGUGCUUCCCUUCAGGUGUGAGGCUGUGCCAGGAUACAAAUGCACUGGAUAUAGGAGUCAAGAUAAGUCCUUUCACAUAGAAGGUGCUUUGAAUCAUAUCUUUACCCGGAGCCUACCUUUUGAAGGUUCUCAGCCCAGAGUCUUCAGUAUAAAACUGGGAGACCAGUGGUUUUCCUUUUCAGAACCAAAAGCACUUGCAGGAAAGUUGAACAGGGGUUUCCUGGAAGCAUCUUCUUGUCAUCCUAUCAAAAUCAUAAAUGAGAAACUCAUUGUUGAAUUGGGCAAAAUUUUCCCUCUUAAAAGGCUGAAGUGUUCCUUCCCUUUGCUGCCACUGGAAGGUACCAGUGUUCUCCCUUCCUGGAAUUGUGACAGUAUGUCUUCCUUUUGGAUCAAUCUCCAUGAAGAUAACUCAGAUUCUGAGUUCCUAAAUGGUGAAAUAACAAAAGAAAUGGAGGACUUUCUUGUGUCAUUUUCACAAUUUAGCAUUUACAAGAGUCCUAGAAGAGAUGGCAAAGAAGUUCAUGAAGGAAUCUCUGGACAAGCCAAAGUCUGGCUUAGAUCUUCUCUUCUAGUUCAUGUUCAGGCCAUUAUCCAAGCACCAGACUUCCUCCCGGGUUCUUUGUAUAUCCUCAGUGGACCUGUUUUUCGGAAAUGUCACAUUUUGCCUUUCACGAUGCCGGCGUUUCAUGAGACUUUAUUAAUCCUUGGGUUUAAUCAAAGUCUGAAGGAUGGCUGUCUUCCGUCACUGCUGAAUCACCUGACAGGAAUUCUAGAUAGCUUCCUGACCCAGACAUUGCCAGAGGGAUCAAUGCUGAGCAGUUCAGUGGAAUUUGUCCCUCAACUGAAUGCAAACAAUUAUAUGAUUCACGUGAAGUCUCAUAAUUUUGGUCCAGAUUGUGCCAAGGAUCUGAUCAUUGGAUCUGUCACCUCAUCUGCUGCAAACAUAACACAUAAAGACCAGUAUUUUGUGUUUGUGUCUAUAAACUUGGACUUAUUAGCCAUGCUUACUUGGGGUAUCGCUGAUUGGAGAAUGUUGUGGACCUUUGAUAACCGUUUCAUGAAAAAGUUUGUUCCUGGAGAAAUAGAACCCUUUAAGAGUUAUUCCCUGUAUCCUCCAUGUUAUGUACAUGAUAUUAGUUUUUGGUUAAAUGAGGAGAAAGGAUUUGAUGAACUAGAGUUUCACACUGUGGCUCGAGCAGUGUCCCAGGACACUAUUAUAUCCAUACAAUUCCUUGGUCGUUUUCAUCAUCCAAAGACUGAGCAGGUCAGUCUCUGCUAUAGAUUGACCUACCAGACCUGUGAUAAAGCCCUCACCCAGCAGCAGGUAGCAUCAAUGCAGUCCCAAUUUAGGAAGGAGAUUCAACAACAGCUACAUGUUAUACCUCGAUAGUUUAGUAAAUUCAUUUUUAUAGUAUGAUCCUUUGUUGGUGUGGUUAAAAAACAACAACUUGGACAAGGGAUGUAGCUCAGUGGUAGAGUGCUUUCCUGGCAUGCCCAAGGCAUUGAGUUUAUUCCCCAAUACUGUAAGGGGGGAAAAAAAUAAAAAGAACAACUUAUAACUAGUUGUCUUUUCUGGACUGUGUUUUAUAUUGUAAUAUCAUGUUCUUUGUGACUCUAUCAUUGUUGGUUGACCUUAAAGAUAAUCUGUGACUCAUCAUUUAAAUUUUUAGACUGUAAUAUGAUCAGUGACCCUUGGAAUUGUGUGUUAUUUUUGUCUGGAGUAAUGAAUAAGACAACAAAUAAAACAGUAUUUUGUACUUCAGAUGCUCUAUUGCUGAAGAGGCAGUAGAAUUUGGAUGUCUUAUCAAAUAUAUUCAUAAAUAUA